AGAGCCAACAAGAUGAAGAUCCUUAUAAUUUCCCUGGCAUUCUUGGCUGCUGCCUCUGCCGCACCGGCUUAUGGAUACGGUGGUCAUGGAUAUGGUGGACAUGGAAUUUACGGUGGCUAUGGUGGUUUCGGUCAUGGAGCCUAUGGUGCCCAUGGAGUAGCACUCGGAGGUCCUGUUUUAGGUCCAGCUAGUAUAGCCGGUCCCCAUGUAGGACACUCUUCCCUCGCUGGUCCUGCAAUUGGACCAUCACAUCUCGCUGGUUCUGUUGCUGGACCAGUGCACGUUUCAGGUGCAGUUGCUGGUCCAGCUGUCGUCACAGCAUCCGUCGCUGGUCCCGCCCACGUUGAACAUUACGGUGGUCCCUAUGAUGGCAGUUACGUUGAUGGAGGCUUUGGUUAUGGAUAUGGAGGUCAUGGAUAUGGAGGCCAUGGAGGAAUCAUUGCCGGAGUAGGACAUCAUGGAGCAGUGUUCCAGGGUCCAUCUCAUCACGGUGCCGUCUUUGCUGGUCCCGCAUCUCAUGGAGCAAUUCUCGCUGGUCCAGCAACUCACGGUGCAGUUCUAUCUGGACCUCACGCGGGUAGUGCAGCAAUUUCCGGACCACAUGAAGGUUCCGUUGUGAUUGCUGGUCCCUCUGGCAAAAUUACAACCCACGGCAGUGGAGUCGGAGCAAUUCAUGCUGGUUAUGGUCACGGCCAUGGUCAUCACUGGUAAAACAACACCAAUAAUCAAUAUCUAUAGUAAAAUAAAAUAAAAAAACAGAAAGACUUAAGACUUUUGCGAUUUAUUUGCGAAUCAUCUGGAAUCUGACAUAAACGUCCGGAGUAAAUGCAUUUCUUAGAAUAAUUAAACAAGAGCAAUUUUUUUUUCCUAUUUCGAUAAGUUUCGCCUUGAUGUAUGUGAUUUUAAUGUAUGAUCUUCUGCCGAAUUCUUCAGUCAAAAUAAAAUCUUUUUUAUAAUAA